AGUCCGAGGAAGAAAAAACCCAAGGAUGCCUCAGGACUUUCAGGUUGCUGGGUUCUCUGAAAGGAUUCCAAGUCUGCUGGAGGGCCAAGGAAAUCCACUCGAACUCUUGUUGGGACCACGUGACAGAGGCUCCCUGCAGCUGAGUGGAGCUGGCCUGAACUUUGGACCUUGUCUUCCAGUAGGAAAUCAGUACCCCUCAGGAGCUGAUCAUGGCCUCCAAGCCUGAGAAGAGGGUGGCCUCCUCUGUCUUCAUCACCCUGGCACCCCCACGCCGAGACGUAGCCGUGACUGAGGAAGUGCGCCAGGCAGCUUGUGAAGCCCAACCCGCUCGGCCCUGGGAGAGCCUUCCCACAAAGACACCUGGGGCUGCAGUGGGCAGGAGCCCCAAGACCUGGACGCCCCCUGGCAGGACCAAUGCCUCACUCUCUGGCGUUCCACCUCAGCUCUCCAAUGGAGGAUGCUACCCCCCACCUCCUUCCCUGAAUGAUGAGGACUUAGACCUCCCGCCUCCUCCACCGCCCCCUUCUGCCUACCUGCCUCUCCCAGAAGAGGAGCCUCCCAUCCUGCCUGGGACGUCGCUCAUUUCUGACUUGGAGCAACUGCACCUGCCUCCACCCCCACCUCCACCCCCACUACAGGCUCCAUCCAAGGGAUCUUCUACCCAGCCUCCACCUGCUCAGGUCAGACCCUCGGAAGAGGAGCUGCCUCCCCCUCCAGAAGAGCCUGUCACUCUUCCAGAGAGAGAAGCGUCCACAGAUGUCUGUGGUUUCUGUCACAAGCCCGUGUCCCCUCGAGAGCUGGCUGUUGAGGCCAUGAAGAGGCAGUACCACGCCCAGUGUUUCACCUGUCGUACCUGCCGUCGCCAGUUGGCUGGGCAGAGAUUCUACCAGAAGGAUGGGCGCCCGCUGUGCGAACCCUGCUACCAGGAUACUCUGGAGAAGUGCGGCAAGUGCGGAGAGGUGGUCCAAGAGCAGGUCAUCCGGGCUCUGGGCAAGGCCUUCCACCCACCCUGCUUCACCUGCGUGACCUGUGCCCGCUGCAUCAGCGAUGAGAGCUUCGCGCUGGACAACCAGAACCAGGUGUACUGUGUGGCUGACUUCUACCGGAAAUUCGCCCCUGUGUGCAGCAUCUGUGAGAAUCCCAUCAUCCCCCGAGACGGGAAGGACGCCUUCAAAAUCGAGUGCAUGGGAAGGAAUUUCCACGAGAACUGUUACCGUUGUGAGGACUGCAGUGUCCUCCUGUCUGUGGAGCCUACCGACCAAGGUUGCUACCCGCUCAACGACCACCUCUUCUGCAAGCCCUGCCAUAUGAAGCGGAGUGCUGCCGGGUGCCACUGAGAAGUCCCAAAGGCUGGCCCUUCCCUGACUUGGUUUCCCCUCCUGACCUUUCUUGCAUACUUUCCCUUUGAACCUCACUGGGCACCAGCACACUGCUCUAAAAAUGCAUGGGCCUGAGACACGGGGCCUUUGCCUCAUAGUACACGGCACCCUCCGGACGUUCCCUCCACUGACCAGGAGGCCCCUCACACCCAGACUGGGACCCUGAUAUGUUUGCAGAGGGGAGACAGGUCUCGGGAUGAUGCCGAGGUCUCUGACCAGGAUGCCUAGCAGAAGGUGCUGAGACCUGCUCAGCUUAGAUUAUAGAGCUGAGUUGUUUGAAUGCUCCUGCCUUGCUAGUCCAAAAAGUAGUUUUUUUGAAAAUGUAUAAAUCUGUGCUGGACAUGGUAGAACAUACCGUUAAUCUCAGCACUUGGGAUGCAGAGGGAGGUGGAUUUCUAUGUUCUGGGCUAGUCUAAUCUACAGAGUAGGUUCUAUUUAAAAAAUUCAAAAUUUGGGGGAGAGGACUCUUUUAAUUUUUCUUUUUUUUUUUUUCUUUUUUGGUGGGGUAAAAUCAGUAAAUACCUUCCCUUGGUUGGGGGUGGGGGCCUGCCAAAAUGGCUCAGUGAUUAAGAGGACCAGAAUUCAUUUCCCAGCACCCCCAAGAAGGCUCCUAACUACCUGUCCUGUAACUCCAGUUCCAGGAGAUCUGACGUCCUCUGCUGCCUCCCUGGAACCUGAAUACGCGUGGUAUAUACACUUACACUCAGGCACACACACACAUACAUUUAAAAAAAAAACAGUCUUUAACCAUGUCUAAUGGCAAGCGCCUUUAAUCCCAGUACUUGGGAGGCAGAGGCACGUGGAUCCCUGCAUUUGAAGGCAGCCAGAGCUACAAUCUUUUAAAAACACAAACUGUGGGUUUGGUGGUGCACACCUGUGAUCCCAGCGCUUGGGAGAAUCACCAGAAGCUUGAGACCUGCUUAGACUUCAUAGAACUCCAGAUCAGCCCUGGCCGCAUUCAGAGACGCUGUCUCAGAAACUAAUAAUAAUAAUAAUAAUAAACCAUAAAUGCAUAGGAACGUGAGGUAGCGGAGAUCCAGGCUUCUUGCCUCUGGAGUACAUGCUGACUUGAGCUGGGCUGAGGAGGAGAGGGAUGAGGGUCAGCAGCUUCCACUUGCUUCCGGACCCUGCUGUGAGCUUGUGAGUGGCUCCCAGAUUUGGAUUAAGUGCCUCUGAUUUGCUUAGGAACAAGUCAAGUUUGGGGCUGAGCCUCCAGAUGUUUGGGGCCGUGGCCUCUACAAAUACACACACACCCACACCAUAAGGAGGCCAGGGAAAGUCACAUCUCUUUGGUCACCCCUUUGUACCUCCCGGCCCUCCACUUCAGCUCUACAGCUAGGCUGCCCAAAACCACUGCCUCUGUGAGGCUGCACCUAGACCAUUUUUCCUUUUAAAGAAAUUCACUUUAGGGCUGGCGAGAUGACAGCUGGUAGAGGCACUUGCCUCCAAGUCUGAUGGCGGGAGUUCUGUCUCUGGACCCACAGGGAAGGAGAGAACCAAUUCCCAUAAGUUGUCCUCUGGUUUACACAUGCAUACCAAGAUACAUACCUGUGCAUACAGGCACACACAUCUAAUAGAGAUAAAAUGUAAAGUAGGAAAAAAAUCACUUUUGUGCUUUGUAACUUCUAAGGUGCACACAGAAAAAUUAAACAUAUUUUCCUUCC